CUCUCACUCACUCACUCCCUGACUCACUCCCACCACGCUGACGAGAAGCUGCAGAAAGUUCAUCGCCUGCUCUCACAGCCUCAGACUCGCUAUACUCGUUUCCUUCAUUUCUACCCCUCCCUCUGUUUUGUCACUCCACACCAUCUUGUCCCCCCUGGCCGGCAGUCUGUAUGUCUGCCACAGCUGACGCACCACCUCCGUCUUGCUUGGAACAGCGGGAAGGACACCCGUGGCCCUCGCGCGGUCGAUGACCUCAACGAGGGCAUUCCGGUAGGCGAGUGCCUCCCAAAAGGUGCGCAAGAUGCACGCGACACUCGCACCUCCUUUUGUCCCGAUGGGAAACAGCUGCACUCAACACAGGCAACCCAACCAUAGGGACAGUCAUCCAGUCACUUAUCCUUUUCUCCUCUUCGUGCCUCACCGUGGCGGGUUUGGUCCUUCCCCUCGUUCCUUGUUUUUUCACCGAUGCGGACACACGAAAUGCCGGGGCCGCUCCACUCCUGUGCGGUAACGACAGACCAAGCUUCUUGCUUCCUCCGACUUCAACCAACUGCUUGAUCAUGCCCUUCGCUAUCUCCUCGACAGUCUCGUGAGAGUGAAUCGCAUCUGUGACCCACUCUGCCUUCACGCAAAUGGGCGUCGUCAGAAGAAUCUCAGGAAGCCGAGCCACCGGCGGCUCGUACGGGGGGGUUGUUGCUGAUGCGGAGGUCUGUGCAACCAGCCAUUGAAAGCGCAAGAGAUGGGAGAGGUCACGCACAGAUGAGCUCGUGGGUGUACCUCAUCUGUGUUGACCUCGUGCUUGUCCUCGGCCAUCGUGCUGUGUCCUAGCUGACAACGAAGAUCUGCAUGACACACAAACAGACGGGCAGACAGAGGAAGGAUGAAGAGGAUCUCAGAGGCAAUGUUUUCGUACAAGAAUCAGGGCCGCAAAGCAGAGACAGCGUUGGGGAAGGAAGUAAGCCGGACGUAGCGAGGGGUGAGAGAGCCUGUCUGUGAAAGGAGCAGCG